AAGAAGAAGAAGAAGAAGAAGAAACGGAAGACGGAAGAAGGUCCAUCUCGUUUGUAUUAAUGUAUUAUUAGUUAUAUUCUCACCGUCUGACAUCUGAGUAUUAGUUUCGUAUUGAGGGGAUUAUGUCAAGUUCGUAUCCGCAUUAUUUGUGAGAUGGAUCCUGGUCACCUUUUUGAAACCCUGCAUGGUGACGAUGUCACGUCUUGGGUGUCUGUCUGUCCCAGAGGCCUCUGGAAAGUCCAGCAAAAGCAGCCACAUAAAUGGAGUCAACAGACUCUUGGAGGUGGAGCAUCAUGUUCAUCCAGUAACUGUCCAAGGUUGGGUUCACUGUGUCAAGUCCGAGUGCGGCUAAAAGCGAAUCCCGAUGAAGCAGAGAGUUUAGGUUCGGAAAAGGGAAAUGAGCAGUCAGUCCAACCCGACCAAUGUGUCGCAGAGGCAGAGGCCACAGCCUUCCAGAGAUGCCAGGACUCUGUGCUACAGGUCCCACUGGGUGACUGGACAACAUUGAGGCUGGGAGAGGGUCAGUGUGACAUCACAGAAGCAUGUCUGGAAGGGAUGAGAGCUGGAGAAAAAUGUGAGAUAAUUAUUUCUCCAUUGGAAAAUGGACUAGAUGUCUCUGUCCCUGAUCUAGAGGAAAAAUUGCCUUUAUGGGCCACAGUUGAACUCAAAGCUUUCACACCAGGCAAGGAAUCGUGGGCAAUGUCUCCUGUCGAAAAGUGUCAGUGGGUGAAGACCCACAAAGAGAGGGGCGGAGUGAGAUUCAGAAGCGGUGAUGUUUGGGGAGCAGCAGACAGCUACAGCCGGGCUCUCAAGAUUCUCAUCACUCUCCAUGGUUAUGCCAAAGAGGUUGGGAAGAAAGGACAACUGCAAGGAGCAGAGGAGCAGAGAGACACAAACACUGCUGAUGAAACGCAGCAACUUCCUUCAGCUAAUGAAUUCAAAACCAUUAAAGCAGAGCUCCACUCAAACAUGUCGUUGUGCCAGCUGAAAUUGAACCAACCUCAGCGGGCGAAGGCCAGUGCAACUAAAGCUACUCAUCUGGAACCGGGUGGGGCUAAAGCCUGGUAUCGGAUGGGCAAAGCUUGCCAGAUGUUGAAUGAGCUGGAGGAGGCCAGGCAGGCCUUUAUGAAACUGUUGGAGCUACAGCCAGAAUCCCCUUCUGGUCUGAAGGCACUUAAAGACAUAGCAAACAGGGAGAAAGAGAAAAACACUCAAUUGGGGUUGAGACUGAGCAAAAUGUUCAGCUGAUACUGAAAUAUUUUCCAUUAAUUGUCAAUGUUAUCUGUAGAACGGUAUUUUUCUUAUUAAAUGAAAGUAUAUGUACAAAAAACCAGCUCAUAAGUAAAACUACUAAUCUGUGAAUGGACCUUUUUGUUAUGGACAUUAUGUAGUCAAGGAAAGAUGGUUAGUAGACUUCAUGAGGAGUUGGGGAAAGACAACCGCUGUGUUAAGGGAAUCCAUGGCCUAAUCCCAAUCUCAUCCUUAAACCCUGAACCCUCAGCGAUUUAACUGAAGUCACCUGGUAAGUGGUUUGUAUGAGAAUCCUUGAGGGCUUUAAAAAGUGUAAAUAUAAGUGGAACAGCACCUUGCUGUCACGUCACUCUGACAGUGUAAAACACAAUAGAGUAUUUAAUACUUUUUAUACCACCAAAAAACGUCAACGGCUACGUUCGUAUGGUGCGACGGGAGACGCAUGUCAGUGACGUCAGCCUGGAGCUGCGAAAUUUAAAUAUUGCCGCCGCAAGGAACUGUGGGGCGGAAUGCUGCGUUGCUUUCGUAAAGGAUGGAUAGCCGAGUGGUUCCCAGGCUAAAGGAACAAAGUGGUGAAGCAUUGAAGCUCAUUUCCUUAGCAUUUAACGUUAGGGAAUUCGAACAGCCCGUAUCAUGGCAGCUGCUUACACUACUUCCGGGUCAUAUCACUCAUUUAGGAAUCUUCCUAAACAGAUUUGAUUCUGUUCCACCAUGAGGCUUGAAUGGGAUCAUUCAUAGUAUUUUGCGAGUCCAAUAAAAUAUGUAAUACCGUAUUAAAUUUGUUGUUACGUUGUCGCCGUUUCAAAUGGUCAAAAUUCCAGUCAGCCAAAAUGCCGAAACCCGGGAUCGAACCAGGGACCUUUAGAU